UAGAUUUUACAAGUGUGUACAGUGAGUGAGUAUGUGGCGGGUGCGUCAGCAACGGUUAAUUACUUCAAAGUCAUAUUUCUCUAAUAAAAAUACGUAUUCUAUUGUGUAUUAGAUAUAAAUCUAAAAAUGCUGUUAAAUAGGUGAACGAGCAUAUCAAGGAAUGUGUGCUGUAUGGAUGAUACUAGGAACAAGUGCGUCGUUCUUCCGUUCACAAAGUGUCGUGUAUUCAUCAAAAAAUCUUCCGUUUGGUCAUAAUUUACAAAUUUUGUGAAAUUUCACACAUAAAUUCAGUCAAAAAAUGACGACCAAUUUGUCAGUGUUAGCUUCUUAUGAUGAACUAGUGAGGUGCACAAAUGUUCUUGUCAACGGAUCCUGUGAAGGAGAAUUCCUGCAAUUUGCCAUAAACCAAGAGGAAUUACGUCAAAAAUGGCUAGGCUCUGUGCAGGAAUGCCAGCGACUUCAUUCAGCUUUGGAAAAAGCUCACCACGAAACUGCAGAUCUCGACAGGAAAUUAAGUCAUGCCAGGAGAUUACUCGACGAAGAAAAAAGAAAGCGAAGAACAGCAGAGGAGCAGCGAAAUUCCCUUGAACGACAAAUGACAUUGGCCCGGGAUCUUUUAUUUAACGAUGGCGGCAGGAACCUGAAUGACGAAACUAGGGAAAAGCUUCAAUUUUUGAAUAAUACUACUUUGAAUUGUCGUUACAGCAAUUCUAAUUUGAAGGAUCAUUACCAGGCUGAUAAGCUGAAAACUAUAACGGAGCUGGACUCCACCGGCACCUUAUUAAGUGAUUUAAGUUGUUUCUCAAAAUCUGAAGAUGAUCUGGAUACAAGUGCCAUUCUCCAGCAAAGCAAAAAGAAACGCGAAUGGAAGGAACACAGACCAAGCGGUGAAUAUUCAGCUAAAAAGAGACGAAGUGGAGGUCGCAAAACUGCUGAUCUUAAUAAUUCGGAUCGAAUAAUUGCUACGACGACUGUCACAAUGCCCAAGGAAGGAGCUAUCACUGCAUCUUCGGUGAUUGAAGCCAUUCCAGCUGAUGAAAAUGAUGAUCCUCAAACUCCUCUUCAAACCUCACGAAAACGGAGAAAGAGUGAAGAGCGCAGAAGAUCCAAAACUGCACGCACUUCGACAAAUGACGUUCCUCUGGAUAUUUUGCCGACAGCACCAAAUGUAGAUAUUUUAAGUUCGGAAUCUGAAUCUGAAGCUAUAUUCAAGCCCAGUCCAAAUAUCGGCGGAUAUACGCUGAAAACAAGAACAGGAAGAGGUCAUAAUUUCACUGCAAAAACGGUCAUAAAACCAGAAGCUUGUAUGCCGUGUGGCAAAAGGAUCCGUUUUGGAAAAGUGGCUUUAAAAUGCAGAGAUUGUCGCGCCACUACACACACAGAAUGCAAGGAUUUGGUGCCACUUCCUUGUGUUCCAGCUGGAAAUACGCCCACACUUCGGGGUGCAUCAGGUACAAUCGCAGAUUAUACUCCUAUGGUUCCACCAAUGGUUCCCUCACUAGUUGUUCACUGUAUAAACGAGGUAGAAUUGCGUGGAAUGAACGAGCAAGGUUUAUACAGGGUUAAUGGUGGAGCGAAUGAUGUAAAAUUGCUGAAAGAAAAAUUCCUUAAAGGCAAAGGUGCCCCAUCACUUUCCGAAGUCGAUAUAGCCACGAUUUGCUCGACUCUCAAAGAUUUUCUCAGAACGCUACGUGAACCUUUAAUCACUGUUGGUUUGUGGGCUGAUUUUGUUCGAGCCACGACAAUUUCUGAUAAGCAAGAUGCGGAUGCUGCACUUUAUCAAGCAAUUUCGGAACUUCCGCAACCAAACCGAGACACUCUCGCAUUUUUGAUACUCCAUUUGCAAAGAGUUUCCAGCAGCGCUGAGUGUAAAAUGCCGAUAAGCAAUCUGGCGAAAAUAUUCGGCCCGACUUUAGUUGGUUACAGUUGUCAGGAACCAACUGCUACCUCAAUGCUCAGUGAAACGAAAACACAAGCUACUAUCGUCGAGAACUUGUUAAAAAUUCCCUCAGAUUAUUGGGCUAAUUUUGUGAAUUCCGAAAGUUUGAGUGGAAUCGGAACACCAAGGACGGAUACACUUAGGCAUACACCGUCUACUGAAUCCCUCUUGAAACGCACAGCCUCUCGUGGAUUUUUCCAUACGCCACUAGGAACGAGUCGGACGUUUUUGAGAAGAAACAAGAAAUACUUUGCCACACCGCCGUCAAAGUCAAGUUCUAAAUAUUAGUAAAAUAAUUUAACGCAUGGGGUAUAGAAUACACAGCGCUUUAUUUUAGUUGUACUUAAAUAACAUUUUAAUAUAAAGGGAAGGGUAACUAAUUGCUA